AUGUCGGGGGAGCAUGUUCUCAAGCCCAUCGGCCGUGGAGAGGAUUGGCUCAAAUCGGCGGCGGAUAUUCAUAGAUUACACCCGGAUACUGUAAGUAAACAAGCAAUGGAAGAUGAAUAUCAGGAGGAACCUAUCAGCCGUGCUAGAUUUGAUGACACUGACGAUGAAGAGAGGCAGGAGAAUAUCGACAGCCUAGUUUUAGAUGAAUAUGAUGGGGAGGACAUGCCAAAAAUUGAGUGGAACAGGGAAGAUCCUCAGUUAGCUUUCGUCACCAUAUUCCAGUCGAUGGUGGACCAUCGUAAUGCAGUGACUACAUAUUGCAUUCUCAGUGAAAAUACAUAUGUGAUUGAUAGGAGUGAGCCAACAAGGUUCACUGUUCAUUGCCCAUAUGAUAGGUGUAGAUGGAGAAAGUUCAUUCAGAUAAAAAGGAACCCACACCAGCACACUUGUCCACCUGGAGGGGGAGGAGGGAAGGCUAAAACAAAGCUAGCAAAGGCUAGGUGGGUGGCAGAUGCAAUUUUGGAUUGGUUGAGAGAAACACCAACACUUGGUCCAAUAGCAGUCCAUGGGAAGCUAUUUGAGAAGUAUAAGAUUGAUAUACCUUACAUGAGGGUUUUCUAUGCUAAGGAAAUGGCUCUUUAUAGGAUUAAUGGUCCUUGGAAUGAGAGCUUUCAAUUGCGCUACACAUUUAAAUCUGAAGUGGAAGCUGCUAGUCCAGGGAGUGUUGUAGAGAUUAAUAAGCAUACAGUUACAUACAAAAUAAAAGGGAAGUUGUUUCAGAAGGAGUGCUUCAGGAGGGCUUUUGUUUGUUUCAAGGCUUGUUGGCAGGGGUUUCUUGAUGGUUGCAGGCCCUAUUUGGCUGUUGAUGCAACUGCUUUGAAUGGAAGGUGGAGAGGACAACUAGUGGCAGCUUCUGCAGUUGAUGGACACAACUGGCUAUUCCCAGUUGCAUUUGGUGUGGUGGAGGCAGAGUCUGAUGAAAGUUGGGUCUGGUUUCUGCAGCAGUUGCGCAACCUUAUAUGUACACCCCCAGGUUUAGCUAUACACACAGAUGCUUGCAAGGGUUUGGAGAGUGUAGUGGAAAUUGUAUUCCCCGGAGUGGAGCAUAGGGAAUGGCACAUUGCUAGGCUAUGUACCAAUACAGUGGAUGCUUCAUUUGGAGAAGAGGAACAAUGGGCAACAACAAAUGCAGAGGAGAAUGCAGCAUUAGAGCAGAUUGAAGCUAAUACAGAGGAGAAUGAAGCAGCAAAGCAGAUUGCAGCUAAUUUAGAGGAGAAUGAAGUCACUGAAUUAGCACUGCCAUCAGCUUGUUUGACCCAGCUCUCGGAAAAUUAG